GUACAGUGGUGUUGUGGACGAGAUAUCAAGAACAACCAUGAGGACAGCGGUGCUGGUAGCGGUGCUGGCGGCGGUGGCGCUCGCCGAGGACACCAAGCAGGCCGAGAAGAAGCAGGAGAAGAGGGGGCUGGUCGACAUCGGCUACGGCUAUGGCGGCGAUCACGGGCUCAGCAGCCACAGCUACAGCAGCCUCGACCUGGGCGGCUACGGCGGCUACGGGCACGACCACGGCGCACACUCCCAUUCUGAGAGCGUCAAGACCAUCACCCUGACCAAGGAGCACCACGUGCCGUACCCCGUGCACCACGUCAAGCACAUCCCCUACCCGGUCAAGGUGCCCGUCGACCGUCCCUACCCGGUGCACGUCGACAAGCCCUACCCCGUUCACGUCAUCAAGAAGGUCCCCGUGCCGGUGCACGUCAAGGUCCCCCAGCCCUACCCGGUGCACGUCGAGAAGAAGGUCCCCUACCCCGUCAAGGUCCCCUACGAUGUUCCCCGUGCCGUUCCCGUUGAGAAGCCCUACCCCGUGUACGUCACCAAGGAGGUGCCCGUUCCCGUCGAGAAGAUCGUCCACGUCCCUGUCCACGUCCCCGUCGAGAGGCCCAUCCCCGUGCACAUUCCCGUCGAGAGGCCCGUCCCCUACCCCGUAGAGAAGCUCGUCCACGUGCCCGUGAAGGUGCCCGUCGACCGCCCCUACCCCGUCCACGUGCCCCAGCCCUACCCCGUGCACGUCGAGAAGGCUGUCCCCUACCCCGUCGAGAAGGCCGUGCCCUACCCGGUCCAGGUGCCCUACAAGGUGGCCGUGCCCCAGCCCUACCCUGUCAAGGUCGUCAAGGAAGUCCCGGUGCCCGUGCACAUCGAGAAGCACCACGGCCACGGACACUACGACUACUAAGCAAGACUGUGAUCACCCCUUCGCCAUCACCAUGUGAUCGCCAUCAUCCUGUCAUCGCCAUCACCACCUCCACGCACCUCAACGACGUGAAACUCCCCUCUUUCACCGUGAUAGCAAAGUAGGGAGUUUCGUUCCUUUCAUCCACACCAUCACGCACUUACUAAGAGUUACCAUUCACUUCAUCUUGUCUCUCUCUAUCUCUCUCCUUCUCUUUUGUAAUAUUUUUCUUCAAGGGCAGCGCCACGCCACGCCAUGCGAGGGCGCGGCGUAGUGCCGCACUGUACGUAUUUAAGGACGAGAACGGGUGUAAAUAAAAUAAAAACAAACAAGUGAGACGACGCCAAACCAAAAA